UCGGUUUCCAGUCGUUCGCGAGAUGAGGUGCGGAGAAGUGAUCAGCGCGGCCGCCAUUUUGGGGGCGGCCCUGAUGACCGGCGUCGUGGCCGGUAUCGUGACCGGCACGCCGAGCAUAGUCCCUCGCGAUGAGGGUGGACGAAACUCUGACAAUAUUUUGGUCGCUAAUAUUCGGAGACUGAGCGCAGGACAGGAAAAAAGGGAUGGAAAGGAAGGAACCGUGCCCAACGCAGUCGGACCAGGGGUUGAAAGUAUUCUGGUGACCGUUGAUGGAAACGCCGCAAACGAUACGAAAACAUCAAACGAUGAAGAUAGAACUACUGGGGACAGCAAGGAACCCAGUGUUAUUUUACCACGAGGGAUCCAGAUUUCAAUGAAAUGGGACACCGAUUACUCCUUUGGUCAAGGCGGUAGGAGUGCGCCGGAUGACAGCUAUGAAAGCAUCAGUAGCGGUGAGUCGGACGAUGACAGUCUGUACCAAUGUUCGCGUUGCGGUCAUAGCGGCGGCGGCAGAGGCUCUCACUCGCACAGUCUCUCCAUCAGCGGGCGUAGCGGGGGUAGGAGCGGCAUAGGCACCGCGGCUGACUCUUACGAGGACGACGACGCCGAAUCGGACCGGGACAGUUACAGUAGCAGCAGAAGCAGCAGUGGGUACAGCUACAUGGACGACAUGGGCAGCAUGGACAUGGAGGCGGACGCACUAGAGUCGGAUGAGCCGUGGAGUGCCGACCCUUUCGCGGGCAGCCACAAGUCGCGGUACCCGCAAUGGGAGGACGAUGACGAUGAUGAAUACGAGGCCGAAAUGGCCUUUCAAAGCCCUCCAAGUCGGGGAUCCAGGGACCCGACUUCAGGAUCGACCCGAAUCGCAGGAUCCCGGACUCCGACUGCAGGAUCCCGGACACCGACUGCAGGAUCGCUGACUCGAACUGGCGGAUCGCGGACUCCAACUCGAGGAUAUGAUCGAUCCGAUAGUCGUGACAUACGUGACGAUAUCGCACCUUCCAAGUACGGUACCACGUACGGUAACGACGCUUACAAGACCCCAAGCCGUAAGACGUCGUACAGUGAAACCGGUUACGCAACGCCGAAACCCAAGACUUUUAGGACGUAUGCUGAAGACAAUUACGACAAAUCUCCAGGCAUGUUCGGGUCGAACGCAGGGAUCUUCUCCAGCUUCAACGCCCCCAGUAGUUUCAAGAAUGGCUUAAACAGGGGUUUUGGUGGUAGUUUCGGGGUCGGAUACAACAGUCCCUACAAUGGUGGCUUCAGCAGUGGCUACGGUGGCGCUUUCGGUGGUGGCUACGAUCCCCUCGGCUACGGUGGUUUUGGCAGCUUCGGUGGUAGAAAUAACAUGAUGAUUCCGACCCAAGUGUUUGACGCUGUGCAGGAUUUGAUCGACGACCAGUCGAUGUUUUACGUGACCUUUGAAUGCCCGCCCAAAGUCGGAAAAUACUUUUGUAAAAUGCAAUGUAAAAUGCGUAACGAAAAAUUGACAGGGAGCUGCGACGGUGGAUAUUGCAGCUGCAUGCUCAAAUGGGAGAAGAAGAUGAAGAAGGCGAUGAGCAAACGUUUCCGAGAUGCUAUGGAGGGUUACGACACGGAUUGCAAUGACUACAAGAAAGCGAAACAGUGCAAACGGUUCUGCAAAGGUCUGACAUCGGACAAAACGUUCACCGGUCAGUGCAGCGUUGACCACUGUCAAUGCGUGACCUACCCAAAGAUCCCGGGCCAGAAGAAGAACGCUUGCACGAAAGCCAUCAACAAGCUGAAGAAGACCGAGGACGCAGCGUUGUCGCGGCUAGGGAUCAAACCGAAGCCUCUGAGCAGCCUCAGUGCCGCCGCCGAGAAGCAGGUCAACGCAGUCGCCGACGAAGCCAUCCAGAAGUUGAAGGCCAGCAACUCCAUGGACGGGUGCACGGAGGAGGACAUACAGAAUCUAAGGUCCAUCAUAUCUAGUCUCUCUCAAGGAUUGAACCUGGUCAAAGGGGCAGACUACGCGUCAAUCCUCACUGGCGGUGGUAGCGGCAAGGGCGCCGAGAGUAGUCCUGGGAGUCCCGGUAAAAGUGGUGAAAGUGUCGAGAGGAGUGGUGGAAUUUCCAGCAGAAGUGCUGGAGGUGGAUAUGGAGGAAGUGCUGGAGGUGGAUAUGGUGGAGGUGGCGGUGGAUAUGGUGGAAAAGGCGGUGGAAGUGCUGGAGGUGGCGGUGGAUAUGGCGGAAGUCCCAGUAGAGGUGGUGGAGGUGGCGGUGGAUAUGGUGGAAGUUCCAGUAGAGGUGGUGGAGGCGGUGGCGGAGGUGGCGGUUGGAAGCAACAGCUUGUAUGAUCAGGAUUAAAUAUUUUCAUCCAUAUUUGGCAAAUAUUAAACUCUAUCAACGAUUAAAACAUGUCUUAAGCAUCACCAAACUUCA